UUGUUGUGGCUGUCGUUCUGGCUGGGAUCUUUGACGCCUCGCAUCGCGAUUGAGUUUCAGCUUGCGUUUUGCAUUUACUUCGCGAAUAUUCAGCAGCUGUAGUUCGCCGACGACCGUGAGCGCGAUAGCAACACUUUCACCUAGCGAAGCGGAUCGCAAUGGCCAAGCCACAGCACAUUCUGCAGCUGAAUGAGGAGCAGCGGCGCAGCUUCGUCGGCUCCUUCGACCGGGUGCUCAGCGACAUCGAUGGCGUCCUGUGGACCUUGGAGCACGAUGUGCCGCGGGUGGCCGACGGAUACGCUGCCCUCGAGCGGACCGGCAAGCAGCUGACCUUCGUCACCAACAACAGUGUGCGGACGGUAGAGCAGUGUGUGAGGCGCUUCGCCAAGAUCGGGAUGCAGGUGCGACCGGAGCAGAUCUGGCAUCCGGCGCAGUCCAUCGUCAACUAUCUGCGGGGCAUCAGCUUCCAGGGCCUCAUCUACAUCAUCGCCAGCCAGCCGUUCAAGGCGGUGCUCCGCGAGGCCGGAUUCCAGCUCCUGGACGGGCCCAACGAGUUCAUCGAGGAGAACUACGAGAGCCUGGCCAAGCACAUUUUCGACCGACAGCCGGUGCGCGCCGUCGUCAUCGACGUCGACUUCAAUUUGACCUCCCCAAAGUUGCUGCGCGCCCAUCUGUAUUUGCGGCACCCGGAGUGCCUGCUGAUCGAAGGCGCCACCGAUCGCCUGCUGCCGGUGUCCAAGGGCGUGAACAUCAUCGGGCCGGGAUCCUUUGCCUCCAUCUUGGUGGAGGCCAGCGGCCGGGAGCCCAUCACGCUGGGCAAGCCGGGUCGCCAUCUGGGCGAACUGAUCGUCGAGCACUACCGGAUCGAGCAGCCCGGCCGAGUGCUCAUGGUCGGCGAUAUGCUGGCCCAGGAUGUCGGCUUUGGGCGACAGUGCGGCUUCCAAACGCUGCUCGUCCUCAGCGGCGGCUGCACGCGGGAACAGCUCCUGGCGGAGACGGAUCCCCGCCACAUUCCGGACUACUUUGCGGACAGCAUGGCCGACGUGGCCCAAAUCCUGGGCGAAGGGCCCAAAUCGCAUGUCUAGUCGUACUCCGCCAACAACUAGCAAAUGAGAAAUCUGCACUGCUAAAAAAAAAGUAGUAUAUCCAAAUAUUCUGUACUCAAUUUGUAUAGUUAUUUUAAACAUGAAAAUAUUACAUUUUUUUUUAUUUUUUCAACUGACUAUUUUCGGAAUUGAUUUCAAUAUGUUUCACGUUGGUUAAAAUAUUUUAAUAUUAAAUCAUGCAAUUCAAUAAGCACUGUAUUUAAUACUUUGAUUUAGUAUUUAAUUUGAAUAUUAAAUAUAAAAUUUUUAACUCAAUAGUCAGAUAUAUAUUUUUUUACUAUACCAUUUUUUUGUGUCAUGAUUGCUAUUAGCACAAACCCGUAUUUUAUUCGUUAUCUGAAAUAUAACUCACUAAGCUAACAAAA